AUGGAAGGGUUAACACAUCGUUACAAAGUCAAGCUUCUGCAAAGGUUCAAUAAACAUGUGAGCUCAAGGAUCAAGGUAGCAUUUCGAUCUUGGGAUCCCUAUGAGCUUCCAUCUCUUCGUUCUACAUCAUCGGAUGAUUGGGCAAUUAGAACAACCAGUAAACUAGAGAGACCUCUAUUCGUUAUCAUUGGAUUUCAAGAUUCUACAGUUGAAGAAAAUCAUUCGAUGGAGCUAACGAAAUUCAUAAAUGCCAACGUUAACUCGAAUUGCUUGAAGUUGAACAACCAAGUAUUUUGA